AUGAACUCGAUUGAAUUCGCCAGUGUCGAAGAGCAGUACCGGAAGUACCAGGGUGAGCUGCUACCAUCGGAAGUGCAACGGCUGGGCGAUUGGUGUCGCAGUCAGCCACAUCUGCCACCGGUCAGUGAGCUAGAGUUGAUUCUCUUUCUGCACUCCAACUACAACGAUGCGGAGGCGGCCCGUCGCACGGUCGAAGCCUACUAUAGCUUCAGAACGAGUUGCAAAAAUCUGUUUAGCAACCGUGACCUCUCGCUACGCUCCAUCCAGCAGGCUAUGGAUGUGCUUGAUUUAGUGUGCCUUCCUGAACUGACCCCAGAGGGCUAUCGAGUGUUGGUAGCAAAAAUCAUCGAUCCGGAUGCGAGCAAGUUUUCGCUGAGCGCGAUACUAACAUUUGCGUUCAUGUGCGUCGACAUUGUUCUGUGGGAAGAAGGCUGCAACAAUGGGUCGAUUCUCGUCAUCGAUAUGGACGGCAUCCAUCUGGGACAUUUACCGAAGCUGGGUAUCUUUACGCUCAAGGAUCUCCUGUACUUCAUCCAGGAGGGUUUACCGAUUCGCCUCAAAGGACUCCACCUGGCGAAUGUCGUGCCUUUCAUUGACCGUAUCAUGGCCAUGAUACGACCAUUUAUGAAGAAAGAGCUGCUUGGGAUGUUCCAUCUGCACACCCGACUGGACACGCUGUUCCAGCACAUUCCGCAGCGCUGUCUGCCGGCUGAGUACGGUGGAAUGGCUCCGCCAAGGAAAGAACUACGGGAUCAACUUUACAGACACACGAUUGAGUGUGAGAAGUUCCUCGCAGAUUACGACGCACAGAAGCGUGUGGAUGAAAGCAAGAGGAUCGCAAAGCCGCGCACGAUGAGCAAUCUUUUUGGGCUCUUCUGA